AUGUUCAAACGAAAACGAGACUCGGAUACACAAUUGAACGACGACAACAACAACAACGCGAUUAGUAGCAGCGGCAACAACAACCAAGACAACCAAGAUCAUCAACAGCUAGCUUGCAAUGACACUGCACAAACAUCCGUUAUCGACGUUGAGAACCCCAAACUCUUUCGUCAAUGUACCGAUCCACUUGAAUGGAAUCUGAUAAAGUAUCGCGACAUGCGUUCAACCCACGCACGAAGGGCUUUUGGUCGUGUAUUAUACCCUCCUCAACGCAUGUUACUGGAACGACUAUCAUGUGCGUUAGAAGAUCGAUAUCACUUUUGCUUUCCAAAUCAAAAGAAAUGCGUCCCUUUUGUUUGUGCCUACAACAACAGCGCUUGUGAUGGUCAGAUUCUUGCUGUUGGUGAUGAAGCAAAGCGGAUAACAUUGCUACGAACCGAUGUGGGGAAUUCAAUCGAUUAUCAGGAUUAUCACGUCUCCUUUGGCGCUCACACGAAUGCUGUAUUGACACUCAAAUGGAGCAAUGAUGAUACUUCACUGCUGAGUGGAUCUGCUGAUGGCAGGGUCAGGUUAUGGGAUACUGAAUCAAGAGCAUGCGCUGCGACAUUUAUGGGACAUUCAUCAAGUUUACGAUCAAUUGACUGGCAUCCAACCAAUCCUAAUCUCUUGGUAUCAUCUUCAAUGGAUGGCAGUUUUAUGAUGUGGGAUCUACGGCACAAGCAGAUCAAGGUCCACAAGGAUAAGCUCGAUGUACCUGGAUUGGAUGCACCUGUUUAUGGGCCUAUCAAGAUCACGAAGCAUGCACAUGAAAUGUCAAACUACAAAGGUUCCACGAUGAAAGAGAACAUACACAAAAAACCUCCACAUUCGGUCACGAGUGCAAUGUUCAUGCCAAAUUACGAAGACAGGAUCAUUACUUCAGGGAGUCAUGAUGGUACUAUCAAAAUCUGGGAUUGUCGUGCUGGACGCGACGCCAAAUCCAUUGUGCAUUACAACUACGAUGGUGAUUCCAACCGGCCUCGAGGUAUAGCUGAUAUGCGACUUGAUCACUCUGGCACCCGUUUGUUCAGUUUAUGCAUGGAUGGAAGCGUCAAUCUCCAUUAUCUUACCAACAUUACUCGCCCUGCCGUUCGCUUCACCGAUCCCGAUUAUACCAUCUCAUCCUUCUUUGUAAAGAUUUCCAUUUCACACGACGAUCGCUUCUUGAUUGCAGGGUCAUCAUCCAACACCGUAUUUGCAUGGGAAAUCGAUCGACCAGAAGCACCCACAGUCAAGUAUACCGGGCAUAAGCGAGAAGUAGGAUCCGUUUCAUGGUGUCAACAACGAUAUCAGUUUGCAAGUUGUUCCGAUGAUGGUUGUGUGCGUGUCUGGGACUUUGAUGUAGAGAAUGAUCCUGCUGACGGAUAUGAACCUUCAGAUGAAGAAUAA